AGCACUGUCGCAAAGUCCACGAGGGCGAAAAGCUGGUGUUCAGAUGUGACUACUGCGACAAAGUGAUGAGCUCACGCGAAAACCUCAACAGACACAUGAUUGGCCACACCGACAAGUACCGCUGUGCCUACUGCGGCAAACGCCACGACAGAUCUGACAGAUACCAGCGACACAUACAGAAAUGUUUCCCCAAACACAAUAGUACUUAACUCUCGGCCUAGACGGCUGUGUGGGACGGCCACACAGCCGGCCGGAUCAGCUGCGUAUCGCUGAGGCAUCGCGCCCAACAAUUGCGCACUUGGCCAGGGGCACCGGUCACGUGACCCGGCGGGACGCAUGGUGUAUGCGCGCACACGCGCAUUUUGCUGCGCGCGCGCUCACACCCUGCCCAGGCUCUAAAAAAAUACUUCACCCGAACUGGUACAGGCCAGAUUAGCACCAGAAUCCCGUUUGGUUGAUGGCCACACGUGAUGAACGCCGCCACCCGUACUCACCCAGAGUACCACGAACAAGGCGGCCUGCCGCCCACGGCCUUUGUUGACGCGUACGACGACAACAUGUCCACCAUCCAGCGUGCCGGACUUCGCCAGACAUCGCUUUCUGCGCACAUCCAACAGCAACAGAAAAAGAAGCACCGGCCGAAAACCAUGUUGUUUGGUGAUGUGAACGCGUCGGGCAGCUCUCCCACGACUGCUAUGGCUCCUCCGUUUGCUCCUGGAAUGGGAAAUUACGGAUCUCGAGUCCCGUCUAUGGCGAGUGUCGGAAGCGCGUCAAACUCGUCCCUGCCGUACGGAUACCACGACUUCCACCAGCCGGGCAGCCCGUACGGCGGCUCGCAUCAUUCUCUGCCUGCGAAUCGGUCGCCCACGUUUUCUGGCUCGCCGGCCACAUUUAAUGCAGAAUACAACAAGUUUGCUCCUUCGCUCGGCGCCGGGCCAGCUGCUACACAGUAUAUGCCUAAUCGGAUCAUCACGCCUGGUCUGCGGAAAGUGUCGCCAGCCACGCCGCCGGCCAAUCCGGCGAACCACUCCGCGCGCAUGUCUAUUAAUUCGGCCCUUUCGUUCAUCGGGUACUCACCCAAAAAGGAGAACGGCGUGUUGUCGCCGGACGACGGCUUCCCAGACACAAUUGACGACGACGCGCCGCCGCUGAGCGAGCAGGUGGCUCAACUCAGAGAGCAGGUCGAUGAGCUGGAGCUGGAGAAGGUACGUUUGGAAAAGGAGAAGUCCAACGAGCAGGAAAAAUCUGGCAUGCUCGAGCAGCGUGUUGGCAAUAUGAGCGAGAGCUACGAGUUGCUCUGCAGCGAAAACGAGGCAUUGAAGAAGCAACUGGAGGCCCAAAAUAAAAGUCUUGAGAGCAGCCAUGAAGAGACCAGAAAACUGCAGGAGAAGUUAGAUUCUGCAAACCAGGAGGUCGCGUCGCUGACUGCUGUGGUCGAGUCAGUUGUGCGGGUCCUUCCAGAGCAUAUUAAGAGCAAAGACCGGUUCAUGGACUUUGUCACAAAGACGAAACUAGACUUGCGGUUCAAAGACCAAGUGGAAACCACGGCAGCCGCUUUCAAGCAGGAACUGGGCCUGAUCGACACGGACGACAAAGUGCUGGACAUGUUCCGUGAGGAGGUCAAGGCGCUGAGCGAGAAAGUGGCCCAGCUGGAGAAGCGCAAGACAGAAACGGAAAAGAUCCUCAAGCACCACAUAUAUACGGGGAACCAGACCAUCAAGCAUCUGGCCCAACGAAACCGUGCCGUUUCGAGCCCGGCAGGACCGAGAAAAGAGCUCAAGAUCAUCGAUAUCGUGCAGCCGACGCUCAGCGUGGCGGAGAUGAAGAAAGGCCGGAAUAAAAAAUGACAAAAUGUUAUUGAUCGUUAUAGAAGUACGCUGCUACACUCCGUCGUCGGGUCUCUGCUGCUCGCGCUCAAUCUUGGAACCCUUAUCCUGCAGACUCUCAUAACCCUUGAAGUUCUCCUUCACUUCCCGCUUAACGUUCUCUUUGUUGGACUGGAACGUUUCUUUCAGCUCGGCAGCUUCCUGCGAGGCAUCCUGUUUUGCCUGGGAUGCCUUCUCGGACGCCUUCUGCGACAGGUCGUCUUUUUUGUCUGCAACCUUGUCUUUCACGGUGGAGACCUCAUCCUUGACGGUCUCGGCCACAUCUUCGGCCUUGUCAAGUCCAGAAGCGAGAGUCUUUCCAACCUUGAGAUUGAUGUCUUUGAGUACUUCCUUGGUGCUGUCGACGACUCCACCGCGAUAACGGUGCUGGAUCAUCAAUGCGUUUGCAGGGCGGACGGUUCUGACGGUUC